AUGUUUAGUGCACGUAAUUAUAAUAAAGUUGGUAUAAUUGGCGUGCCUUUUGAAAAAGGACAGCGAAAGGAAGGUGUUGCCCUAGGUCCUAAAGUAAUCAGAGAAACUGGUCUUAUAAAAGAAUUAGAAGUAUUAGGUUUAGAUGUCCAAGAUUAUGGAGAUAUAAAAUAUGAAGCAAAAGGUACAAGUGAUGUAAAUAAUAUGACACAUUUAGGAGAUGUAGCAGCAUGUACUAGACUUUUAUCUGAACAAGUUCAACAAAUAUUAAAUGAUGGACGAUGUGUAUUAACACUUGGAGGAGAUCACAGCGUAGGCAUUGGUACUAUAGAUGGUCAUGUUAAAGUAUGCUUUAAAAAAAAAUAA